AUGCCGCCUCUCUCCACCCUUUCCUCAGCAGCUGCCACUCGCGCAGCAGCAGCAGCAGCAGCAGACCCGGCAGCAGCAGCAGCAGCAGACACAGCAGCAGCACCAGCAGCAGCAGGGCGCCCCAACCCACACCAGCAACACCGCCAUCAGCAGCAGCAGCAGCAACAGCAGCAGCAGCAGCAGCAGGGUUUGACUUUGAAGCUUUAUUUGCAAAGUUCGCUGAGGUCCGAUUUUGUGUGGAGGGCCCUGGAGGAGAAGAGCGACAAAUUGCUGCGGCAGCUGCGGGGCCUCUGGGUGGCUUGCAGGCGCUGCGGGCAGUCGCUGUGGCUGUGCGCAGCAGCAGAUCUGCUGCUGCUGCCUUCGGGGCUGUGGCCCCAGACGGUGUAUUUAUCGUCUUGCGAAGAGUGUCCUUCUGCUCUCGGGAUGCCUCGCGUGGCGGCGACGGUGCCGGGGAGGAUCAUUGUUGGGGAAGAAAUGAUUUAUUUGGCGUCCGCAAAUGCCAUUAAUUUGCUUCGAGGUCCUCAUGUUGCUGCUGCAGACGAGGGCGUCCUUACCCAGGCAGCAGUGAGCUGCAGGUCUUGCGGCUUGAUUUUGGGCACUGAAAGGAGGCUGGCACCUCCCGCUGCAGCUCGCAGCCUUGACUCCUCCGCAUGCUGCAGCAGCAGCACAGCAGCAGAAGCAGCAGAAAAAGCGGCAGCAGCAGCAGCAGCAGAAACGGAAGCAGCAGCAGCAGCAACAGAGGCGGUCGAGUUGGACUUGUGCCUAUGGAAGAAGAAGACGUCGCUGCGCGCGCUGUCUCCCGCUGCAGCAGCCGCAGCAGCUGCUGCUGCUGCGUCGCCCGCCGCUGCUGCCGGCGCGCCCCCGGCCGCAGCAGCAACAGCAGCAGCAGCAGCAGCAGCAGCAGCAGCAGCAGCAGCACCAGACGGGCUGCGAGCCCCGAACCUGUUCCGCAGCCACUCAGACCUUUCUUACUUCGCCAAAGACCUCAGCAGCUACAGCAGAAGUCUCCAAACUUUUCGCUUUUUGCUGCUGCCCUUCGCAGCCCCUCCUGGUGCUGCUGCUGCUUGGGAGAUUGGCUACGAGCCGCCGGCUGCUGCAUGCAGCUGCGCAGCAGCAGCAGCAGCAGCAGCAACAGCGGGGGCUGCAGAAGGGGAGGCGGGAGAGAAAAUGGAAAAUGCGACAGAGGCGAAAAGUGAAGCAGCAAAACACAAGACGGAGAUCAGGCCCUGGGUCUGUAGCGAAGCUGCAGCAGCAGAAGCAGCAGCAGCAGCAGCAGCAGCAGCAAGAAACGCCCUCGAACUCACCGUUCUAGUCCGGGAGUGCUUCGUCGCCAAAAGUGGAAACAAAGAUAAAACUGAAAUGGGAACUCUUGCCAUGAAGGUCGGCUAG